AUAUGUUAACCGUCAGCUGGCUUUUUGACAAAUGUCAUUUAGUUAAAUUUAUAUGCAAAGUGUUUGGAAGAUCUUACAAUUGAGUUAAUUGUGGAAAUCUUUGUUAUACUGGAUAUCUGAAAUGAUUGAAAUUACUUGUAAUGAUCGACUGGGAAAAAAAGUUAGAGUGAAAUGCAAUCCCGAUGACACUAUUGGCGAUCUAAAAAAGUUGAUUGCCGCUCAGACUGGCACAAAAUCGGAAAAAAUUGUUUUGAAAAAGUGGUACACUAUCUAUAAGGAUCCUAUACGCUUAUGUGAUUAUGAAAUACACGAUGGCAUGAAUUUGGAGCUGUAUUAUCAAUAAUUUCGAUAUAGUAUAAUAUUACAUGAUUUCUCAGUUUUGAUAAAUAAUUUCUGUUUUUUAAGCAUACUCAGUAAUAUAUUUGAAAAAAGGACUAGUAA